GUUUUGGUAGGGUUUUGUCUCUGACAUGGCAUGGCAGUUGUUCGUGACAUACCGUUACAGAACGUGACGUAGUCAUCCCACUGAUCCCAGGUCUUGUCGCACUUUGCGUAAGUAUUGCAGGCCAGAAACGUUGCAGAUUUGAGGCCCAUUUCGGACGAACUCUUGCGGCAAGAUUCAUACAGGCAGGCCUUAAAGCAACUCCGAUUUACUGAAAUCUCCGCUGUUCUUGUGGAUAAUAAAGAAUCCAUGCUGAGGCCGUCAACCGGUAGUGCAGCCCGACCCCGUGUCAUAGCAAUUAAUGUCUUCCAACCCAGUAUAUAUCCUAGGAAAGCCUUUCCACCUCUUCAAUUCCUCCGGUAUCGAAUGCAGAGCACCGGUUCAACGUCUUUGAUACGUCCUGAUCACAUCUUUUCAAAUGCCCCUCCCCCUCCAUGGCCUCGGACCACAGCAGUGUCGCCCGUAAUGAACGAAAAUUCGACUGUUUUUUCACAAUUGAAAUGGAAGGAAUCCAGAGGCGAUGACAAGACUCUCGCCGGAGUGCUUUCGCAUCUCCAGGGAACGCUUCGUUCUGUUCACAAUCGAAAGGUGAUGUGGCCAGCAGAGGAAUCAAUUCCAUCUGACCCCUCGCCGGAUAAAUACUUGAUGAUGCUCUUACAGCCCAUAGCAGAUCUCUUCAAUCAAUUACGCUCCCCACUCGUGCUGAAAACACCCAUGGAAUGCAUAAGUGUUGAUUUUGGUGACUCCAUAUACGGUGCGACUUUCGCCGCGGAAGACUUUAGCCGCUGGGCAACUAGUGCUCCAGUUAUCUUGUCGCUGCCCGACGACUUGUUCAAUUCCAGGGGUGAAGUGUCUUCACGGGUUCAAUCUGCUCUUUCGAAAGCUCUAGAGUCCAAAUCGUUAAUCCCUUCCAUCAUUGUGACGAACUUUAAGGACAUCGCCGUGUUUUUACCCCCUACUCGAACCCGUCCAGAACACACUUUUGAAAGGGUAUUGACGAAUCAACCCCAUUUGGCUUUGCGAGUCAUCUCCACUGCAUAUCUUUUAAGGGCGCUCCCAUCCGGACUCUAUAUCGACAUGCCACAUCCUGAUAUCGAAGUUGAUCAGAACCUUAUUCUUCCAGAAGGACCACCGAAAGAUCCGAACCAGUCUUUGAUGUCGGACGAAGAGGUUUUUGCCACACAUCACCGCCAUUCCGACUUCGAUAUUGAAACAUUGGUACGAGACCGCGCGAGAGCAUUGCAAUUCUUCCGUUGGCAUGAACACGUGCAAAGACAAUGCUCCAAACUCGUCGCACAUCCCAAUGACAUACUCAACGCUGUGACGAACGAGGUUGGACAAAUCGUUCCAGACGUUCGCCCGAUCUAUCCCUUCGACUUCUCCGAAAUCCCAACAGACACGAUUACGCAUCUCAAGUCAGUACAGCGCGAUUCACCUCUCGUGGCUGCUGGAAUUGCCAGAUCCUUUGAGGAAAGCAAGUCCUUCAUGCUAAAGAUUCAGGAUGUCGUCGCGGAAGGCUCGGAGCGCGGCAUUUGCACCGUUUAUCGCUGUCAAAUCACCUCCAUCGACAGCACACCAGUGUCAUCUCCGGCUCUGUGUCUCAAGCUGUUCGACGACCGGUUCCAGCCUUUGCAACGUCCAGACGAAGAUGACGAACAACUGGAUGAGCGUCUUCCUCGGUGGUUUGAUUCACUGGUAAUCGCUCAGACAUACGCUCUGAACGAAGCUUUCGCUUAUGACAAGCUUCGAGUAGUACAAGGGACGGUUGUCCCUUGGUUCUAUGGGACACAUCAGUUUACGCUGCCUGACGGAACGGUACUGUACGGUCUCCUGAUGGAAUACAUCGAGGGAUGGGCGCUUGACUCUGAAUUCGCACGGAAAUUGAGUGCUGAUAGGCAAAUCAAAAUGAUUCAAAGUUGUCGGCACGCAGCCCGUGUCCUGGACCUUGCCGAUAUCAGCCAACGAGAUUGGCACAACGGUCAAAUUAUCCUCUAUACGAACCCAAGAACCAAAGUUAACCACGCCGUUCUGAUCGAUUUUGCCUCAACGACUCAGACAUGGUUGCACGACGAAUUGAACUACAUCGACAAUUACUUCGGUGUUCUAUACGUCUUAUUGGGUAGACAAGGAGACGUCGGAUUGGAUCCAGAGCUUGUAUGGAAGCACUACGGAGAGCCAGACGAUUGGGAUCCCGUUGAAGUGUGGCUUCCUACGGAUCCGCCCAGGAACCAGGAAAAGAGGCUUGUAAAAGCCAGGGACAUGUUUCCAUAUAUCUCUUCUGCUUAACUCGGUAGUCUUGCUGUAUAGGUCUGUGGGAGCUUACUCUGCACACGUAAAAUUGUCCACAUUAAUGGCCUUCUUAACCGGGUAAUCGAAG